GUCAUAAAAAUUUGUCUUUCCACUUUUUUCACGAGACUGCAAAUAUUCGAGCACAAAGUAACCGGUUUCAACUUAUUUCUACUUAAGAAGUAGUUAAAUAAUUAAAAGAUUAGGGAAUUAGGGACCAAAUAAAACAUGGUGUAUUUACACCGAUUCCGUUCUGUCACGUGAUUCAGUGACGUCACAACCGACUGAAAAUUAGAAUAAUGCUUGUCUGGCUUCUUGACGUUACCAAGUAGCGACAUCUCGUGGUAAAAAAUAGAACUACGGGUACGGAAUCGUUUUGUAAUUAGCCGCCAGUAAUAUUUCUACUUCUCAAAAAAUGGACGGUCACUAUGCAGGAAAACGUUCUGAUUAUCAUUCAACUCCGUUAUAUUUUGGAGGAACAGAAGAAAUGAUUUUUUUCAAAGAAAAAAGAGAAGAAAAGAAAAGUAGUAAGAAUGGCAGGUGGCCAGGUAUGGGAAGAUAAUUCACUUCGUGAAUGGGAAGGUGGUGAUUUCAGAAUAUUUUGUGGAGACUUGGGAAACGAUGUCACAGAUGAAGUAUUGACAGGAGCUUUUAGCAAGUUUGGAUCAUUUAUAAAAGCAAAAGUGAUUAGAGAUAAGCGAACAAACAAGACAAAAGGAUUUGGUUUUGUUAGUUUUAAACAGCCUCAAGAUUUUAUUAAAGCAAUGAGAGAAAUGAAUGGGAAGUAUGUAGGCAGUCGACCAAUUAAAUUGAGGAAGAGUACCUGGAAAGACAGAAAUAUCGAAGUGGUGAGGAAGAAACGACGCGAAAAGGAACGACUGUGACUUCUUUGAUUUUCUUUAUUAUUGUGGCAGGAGUUUUGUCACAUGGUCUAUUUGUAUGAACAUUUCAAAUACAAUUUAAUAAGUAAGAAUUCAGAAAAAAGUAUUCUUUGAGUUGACUGUUAUAUGAGAAGUUUAAAAAUAAAAGAUUUUAUUUUUUUUUGAUCCCGUUUAGUAUAUCUAAAAUUGUUUGUUACAGAAAUCACCAUGUAACAUGUUCAAAAUAAAUUAAAGCAAAAUUGCUAAUUAUUUUCUGUUUAAUUUUGCUUUAUUUUAAAUGAUUUUUUUUUUGUGAACAUUGAAAUUUGUUUAUAUA